AUGGUAACCAGAGGCAAAGCUAAGAUCUUUAAACCCAAGGUAUGGCUAGCUUCCAUUUAUUCUGAUAAUCCGAGUUCUGAUCUCUCCUUAGUCGAACCCACCAAUAUCACCGAUGCUCUCUCAUCUCUUGCUUGGAAAUCUGCUAUGAAAUCUAAAUACUUAGCUCUUCACGGCUUAAACACUUGGACGCUUAUUCCAUCCUCCUCUGAUUACAACGUGGUGGGAUGCAAGUGGGUCUUCCGGUUGAGGAAAAGUGUCGACGGCUCUGUCCAAAGGCACAAAGCCCACCUCGUUGCAAAGGGCUUCAUUUAA